CCGGUCUUAACGUCUGGUAUCCCUUCGACUUUGCUUGGAUCCACUCAAAAGCCCCAAAAUCUCCCAAAACCCUCGUUAGCAGCUGUGAUUCUCCUUCGAAUCACACCAAAUUCAGAAGUUCGACAAUGGCGUCGAAGUUGAUGCAGCUCCAAUCGAAGGCGAAGCAGGCAUCACAAUUUGUGGGCAAACACGGCUGUGAGUACUACAAGCAGUUGAUGGAGAAGAACAAGCAGUAUGUUGUGGAGCCGCCCACCAUUGAGAAGUGCCAGGAGCUGUCUAAGCAGCUCCUUUACACGCGUCUUGCGAGUAUUCCCGGUCGCUAUGAGGCUUUCUGGAAGGAGUUGGAUGGUGUGAAACAAAUCUGGAGGAAUAAGAAAGAGCUCAAGGUUGAGGAUGCUGGCAUCGCUGCCCUGUUUGGCCUAGAGUUAUACGCAUGGUUCUGUGUCGGUGAGAUCGUUGGAAGAGGCUUUACUCUUACCGGCUACUAUGUUUAAGAGGUUACCAUUUUGCAAUUUAGUUAUGUACGUCUUGAGGUUUUCUAGUUCCAGACCUCAUUUUCACAUUCAAAAUUUUCAUUCCAUACAAUUUUCAACCUUGAUGAAUCAGCAACAAGACAAGCAUCAUUGCCGCAAUAAUUUGCUGGCUUGUCUACAUGAUAAUUUGCUAUAAGACUCAAACCUAUCUCCUUUUAAAACUGCAAAAUUUUCAGGUUGAUUGAAAAGUAGCUCGGUCUUGGACCCAGAGGCUUAACUCACAGCAUUCAUUCGAAUCAA